CUCAAAUCUUUUUUAAAAAACAAAAAUAAAAUGAAUAAAUACGUAUUUUUAGCAGUAUUUUUGUGUGCUUUGGCAUCAACCAAUGCCAAACCUAGUCAUGAUAAAGAAGAAGGAAGUGACUCACCAUCAGCAACUGGUGAAUCUGAAUUCAAGAAAAUAGCUGAACAAGUCAACGAACGAUACAAUACCACCGUGUUACUGGACAUUGGUGAACUGAUAAACAAAGUCGACGAAAAGUGUCCAAAUUUGGAAAAACAAAUGGAUAAUGUUGCUGAAGAAAUCCAUAACUGUAUAGACGACAUUGAGCUAGGUAAUGAUACUUUGUGCCAUGCGGUUCAGGAGAACUUCGUAACAUGCUUCAAACCAGUCGCAGUGCUCAUCAACUCUUGUAUGCCUGAAGAAUCUAAAGACCUUCCAUUUAUGUUAGGAAAAAUGGUCCAAGGUCUCAUUACACAAGCUUGUCAUUCUACAGUAGAAGAAAUUUUGGAAAUUUUCAACCCAUGCAUCUAUGAAGCAGACACUGACACUUUGCCCGCUUGCGAAGAAGUUGAGACAGUUGUUAAUGAACACAAAAGCAAACUUCCAUCUAAAUCACUUAUUUGCCAUACCUUACCAAAAGAGAGAAACUGUGCCAAAUCUAUGGUUGAAGGAACUUGCAAAAAUCCAAUCACCAAAAAUACUGUCAUCAAAUUCCACGACGCCGUUGAGCAUGCAAUUAAAGAAGAUUGUGAUGCUCUUAAUAAAGCCUAA